GCAACCCCAAGGACGAAUCAAAGACGACGAGGCGCAAGCCUCGACGUAAGAAGGGCGAGAAGCUACCUGCUGUCAUCCGGACCCUCGAGGCCAAAAAUGUGUCCAAAGAUCGGCUGACUUUGAAGCCGCGAGAGCAGCUAGGACUCUUCAACAAGGGACGGACGUCUACCGCUUUCAAGGGUCGCGGGUGUGAGUGACCCGUCUUCGCUCCUGUGGCAUGGCUGAUACGGUAUCUUGGAACCCUUUCCCGCAUUCUCCGGCUGAUAUAUCGCAGUGCCCGAUCUAGUCUUCUCUGAGAUGAAGUUCUUGCAGAAAGAAAGGGACGAACCAGAGGUUAUGGCACGUCCUAAUCUGGCCAAAAAGAAGCGAAAAAAAGACCAGAAACAAACGAAGGAGGGGGAGAUUUCCGCUUUCUUUACCUCAAUGCGCCCGGUAUUGGUCGAGAAGGACAGCAACAGGCUCCCAGAACAUGCUGCUUCGAGGAACGAGCGGUGUCGCCGUGAUCACCCCCCUGUGUAUGAGACUGCUACAUCCACUGUUGUGGUAGCGCGCCCAACGUCUUACCUGGGCUUCGGAAGUAGAGGCCCUCAACAUGACAGUACUAGCUACGUAUCUUGGCCAGAGUCGAUUCGAGCGCCUAGCACGAAACCAGCGCAGCCCUGCAGCCUUCCCACCCGUCACAGUCCGCAUAAUGUAGAUUCCUAUAGUGAAUCUGACACUAGGAAAGGAAAAGAGCAUGAUGCCUUCAGGCUACCAACUCGUCCACUAGCAGCGACAAAAGGAAGAACCGAUAGCAUGCCAGGCGCUCGCUUCAAGAUACCUUCGUCCGCUCCAUUACAAGAUAGAGCUUCAAGGUCGCAGUCCUUGCCUCAACGCAGCUCGUCUCUACGGAGGCCGAAUUUUGUCCAACAAUCUGCGAGGCUACAAGAGGCCGACACUGCUGGCUCACCACCAUCAAUGCCACCCCUUGAGUCUGCACCUGUCAUAGACGUCUGCCAUGCUCGAACACGUAGCAACUCGAAAGGCACCGAGUCAGGUCCUGCCCCAGCCUCAGCUCCCGUUCUUGCUGUGCAUCGACACCACAACCAGCCUAAGGAUGGUAGCGUCGUUGAACAGAGUCGAAUACCGACGUCUUCAGAUUUAGGGCUCGCUUUGCAACAAUGCAAUGAUGCGUUAUAUCGAAGGCGUCAUGCUGCUGAGCCGCGUAGGAGACCUACCGAAGAAAUCCACCGAGUGAACACAAGGUCGGACCUCCGACAAGACUCAAUAGAGUUCUGCAGUGCGACUCAGCAGGCUCCUGCUGUACGCUUCGUGGAUCAGAUCUACCAUGAAUCGAUACUACCAAACUUUGCUGGCCCGAGCAUCUAUGAGCAACAAGCACUACACCAGCAGCUUCCUCUGCACUUGGGAGCCAAUGAAGGUCAUCUGGAAACGCCCUAUACCGACCAAGAUUAUCUGGAGCAGAAUGAUCCAAUAGGGUACGAUGACCAUGUUUGGGAAGGGCUGCCGGAAGAGCCAACGUCGCAUAGUUUUGAGAGCGGUGUGGAUACCUAUGAGAAUCGUGAAGAUCGCGUCGAAAUGAUGGAAAACCCUGUUCAGGAUUUGAGACAAGUCAACGACACCGUGGCUCCUGGGUUUUGGCGGCCGAAUAAGCUGUACUGAUGUUGUGAUGGCUGCUGCAUGGCGCGUUAGCUCAUGUUUGUUUUUGAAGUCAAACACCCUCUCUAAUCGCGAGCUGUCGACAAGCCAUGUUGAGAAGCGACCCAGGUCUCCUGACGAUGUGUGAUUGCGCUCUGUGAUGUCGAAAAUUCGAAGAAGAAUUCGCAAAGGACAGAAGCCGACUUGAGCAGCCUCGGUGUCCGUGCACAAAAAGUUGGAGCUUCCGGGUCCCGCUCCCGUACCUCAUGGUCGCAUUUUGAUCCUCGG